AUGCCUCGCCCAAAAACCAAGACUAAGGGCGAGGAUCUCGCCCGCAUUCGCAAUAACCAAAGGCGAUCAAGGGCAAAACGCCUAGAAUAUAUCCGAGGCUUAGAAGAAAAAGCCAAAAAGUACGACGAAUUGAUAGCAUCCACACAUUCGCCAUCGCUAUCGGAAUUUGAUAAAUUGCAAUCUGAAAAUGCCUGGAUGAGAGGGUUAUUAGCAACCCUAGACAUCAACUUCAACUCGCGCAAAGCACAUCCCGGGAACAUUCACGACAGCGAACCCAAUAUGGCAUCGGCGGUUACGGGUUCGCUGGCUAGUAGUGCAGAGACUCACCGAUCUAUGGAAAGUCUCUCUCCUCUGUCAUUUUGGGAACAAUGGGAUUUGUCAGGUCUAUCACCUGACAUGGGACUGGAUUUCAAUAUCCCGCUACUAUCGGACGAGGCCGAUAAUCUGGCCCUUUUGAAUCCUCCAUCGGUAGAACCACCAAAGCUGGCAGAAAAAACUUUCGAAGCUACCCAGCAGCAAGGAACCCAGGAGAGCAUUGAAGAAAGCACCCCGAUUAGCCUGGACACAACUCUCUGCUCUUUGGCUUGUCAAUGGGUGAUUCAAUGCAACACUAAAGGCGUGGAAUUGGAUGUCUUGUACUUUCGGAUGGAGCGUGGCUUCAGGCAAGGGAACAGUCCGUUGGAGGGAUGUAGGGUGGAUAAUCAAGUGCUUCUCAAAGUAUUGACAGAAAUAUCCUGA